GUGAGAAAAUCUCUUUCUCUCUCUAUAUCUGUCCGAGAGAGAGAGAGAGAGAGAAGCGAUGAAGACGAAAAUCUUGGAUGCGCUGGUAUGGCAGGCGUUGGCGGGUCGGAUGGCCCAAGUCCCGAGGGUGAACUCGAAGGUGUUCUACUGUCCCCAGGGUCACGCCGAGCACGCCUUCGCCACCGCCGAUUUCGCCGCCUCUCUCGGAGUCCCGCCGCUCCUCCUCUGCCGAGUCUCCGCCGUCGAAUUGAUGGUCGACCUCGAGACCGAAGAGGUUUUCGCCAAGAUUAGCCUCGUCCCGCUCGGCCAAGAAGACGGCCUCCCCGACGGCGACGACGAUAACGGAAUUCCGGCGGCGGCCGAGGGUUCGUGCUUCGUCGGGAAGGUCCUCACCCAGUCGGACUCCAACAAUGGCGGAGGGUUUUCGGUCCCGAAGUACCUGGCGGAGACCGUCUUCCCGAAGCUGGACUACUUGACGGAUUCGCCGUGCCAGCAAUUGUCCGUGAGGGACGUCCAUGGCGAGGUUUGGGAAUUCAAACACAUUUACCGAGGGUCACCGCGCCGGCAUCUGUUGACAACCGGCUGGAGCGUCUUCGUCAACAAGAGGAAGCUCGUCGCCGGCGAUUCCGUCGUCUUCGUCAGGGAUAAGGAUGGGAAUAUCUCUGUCGGGAUUAAGCGAGGCAGAAGGACCUACUGUAACAGCAAUAACAACAAUAAUGGAUCCGCAAAGGGUGUCGUUUCGCCUCAAGACGUUCUCGAAGCCGUGACUCUGGCGGCCAAUGGGAAGCCAUUUGACGUCGUUUACUACCCGCGUGACGGCGCCGCCGAGUUCUGCGUCAGGGCCUCGGCCGUGAGAGCGGCCUUGGGGAUUUCGUGGAGCAUUGGGAUGCGAUUCAAGAUGCCAUCUGAAGACGAUUAUUCUUCAAGGAUUAGCUGGUCAUUGGGAACCAUAGCCUCAGUUUCGCCUGCUGACCCAAUUCACUGGCCUAAUUCCCCAUGGCGGUUUCUUCAGGUGUCAUGGGAUGAGCCAGAUUUGAAACAAAAUGUGCAACGUGUCAAUCCAUGGUUGAUCGAACUGAUAUCAAACGCGCCCAUGGUCAACUUCUCAUCCUAUUCCCCACCGGGAAAGAAGUUGCGGCUAGCACAGCAGUCAGACUUUACUCUUGACAGCCAAUAUCCUGCGCUGUCAAGUUUAGGCAAUACACUUGGUCCCAGCAACCCUUUGUGUUAUCCACCUGAUAACACCCCUGUUGGCAUACAGGGAGCCAGGCAUGUUCUAUUUGGAGUACCUUUAUUGGAUCUCCAAGUUAAUGACCCGCUGCAGUUAAGGAUUUUUCCUCCCAACGUGCAGCUGUCAAAUCAACUUUCUACUAGUCCUAAUAGCGUCAUCGCAGGCCAGACACAUGACAAUGAAAGCUUAUCUAGCUUGCUCACGGUAGGGAACUCUAGUCCGAGCUUGGAGAAGUCUGAUGGUGUGAAGACACACCACUUUAUCCUCUUUGGUCACCCGAUAGUCACUGAGCAGCAAGGCUCCCCUAGCUCUUCUGGCGACGCAGUCUCACACGAUUUUGGCAAAAGUCCAGUAGAUGGGAACACAGACAGAGAAAAGUAUAUUCCUAAUGGCUCAGGACCCACCCUCCAGGGCACUGAAUUUGGCCUGGAUACAGGUCGCUGUAAGGUAUUCAUGGAAUCCGAGGAUGCAGGGUGGACUCUUGACCUUUCGGUUCUUGGAUCUUACGAGGAGCUGUACAGGAGUCUGGCCGACCUGUCUGGAAUAGAAAGAUCUGAGAUGCUGAUCCGUGUUCUUUACUAUGAUGCAACUGGAGCUCCUAAACGAACUGGGGACGAACCAUUCAGUGAUUUUAUGAAAAAAGCAAAGAGGCUUACAAUUUUAGCCUCCGAUCGGGCAGCAGCAACAUAGGAAGGACACGGAUUACGGAGAUAGAUGCGAAGUGCUGAAAAUGGCCUUGCUGCAUCCAAUGGCAGAUAGCUAGUUUGAAUUACGUAGUCAGGUUAUCUAGUUUGGCACUAGUGUUUAGCUUUUAAGAUUUGUGAAUGAUCGUUUUUAGGAUCUUUGGAUUUUGCAACGAGAUAUGGGAUAUUGAACUCCAUCUUUUUAUUGCAUUAUGUAGUCUUAGGUUGUCUUUUUUUUUUUUUUUUUCUUUGGUGUUAAAGUGUGUCUGAAUGAACACCAUCUUUUAUUGACGCCUACUACUAUGUUGAGUUUUCGUUUCUGGUAAUCCUAUCUGACAUAAACUAACU